AUGGAACCCAUUCAUAUUAUUGGUAAAUACUUCGACACCACUUCAUUUUCUUUAGUUAUUUCCGGCCAACGGUUUGAUAGUAUGCAAAGCACAUUGAAAAAGGAUUCAGAAAUAGAGAAAGAACUAAAAGUCAUUAACAAGACUCCUGUCAAGAGUAUUUAUACAGAAUUUGGGUACAUUGUUGAUUGCAUUGAUAUUAAUAAUCAACCAACUUUUGACCAUUCUUUACUAAUGAAUCAUAAAUUCCAGCUACAGAAAAAACCCAGCUUUAAAAUUAGAACAAAUAAGAGGACUUCAUCGACUAAGGCUGUAUUUGGACUACAAAAAGGCGAGUGUCCAAUUGGAACCGUUCCUAUUAAAAGAACAACCAAAGACGACUUGAUUAGAGGAAAAUCAUACUUUAACAAUGGUUUAGUUGACCAUAUUCAUGGUAACCAUUAUGCAGAAGUUAUAUCUGAAUAUUUUCCAAUUUAUCAUGGAGUUGCUGGAUCAAGUAGUAUUUAUAAUGUUAAUGUUACAAAUGAUCAAUCAAGUUCUUCUGUGAUGUAUGUUCGAAACGGACCAGAUAGCACAAAUUAUAUUGGUAUGGGAUGGCACGUGGCUCCACAAUUAUAUAAUGAUCAUGCAACUCAUGUUUAUGCAGUAUGGACGAGAGAUAAUUUCAAAAAUAUUGGAUGUUUCAACUUACAAUGUCCAGGAUUUGUUCAAACUAGCCAUGUAAAUUACCUUGGCGGGCGUAUUACGGAUACAUCUACCUAUGAGGGACAGAUAUUUGAAAUGACAAUAUCUAUUACUCAGGAUCUUCAAACAAAAAAUUGGUGGCUAUCUUUGGAAAAUGAAAUGAUUGGUUAUUAUCCAGCAUCAUUAUUUUCUGACUUAACUGACGCCCAUCAAGUAGGAUGGGGUGGUAGAACAUCCAAUUUACAAGGUGGUCCUAGUCCUCCAAUGGGUUCUGGAGUGUUUCCUGAUAAUAUAUAUGAUCAUGCAAGUUAUUUCAUACAUGUAUCAUUUCAAGUUGACUCCACAGAUUGGCUUGAACCCGAAACUUAUACGAUAAAAACAUUCUCUGACAAACCCGAAUGUUUUUUUGCUAAAUACUAUGGAUUACAAGAUGAAGAUGUUAGAUAUUCUCUCCAAUUUGGAGGACCAGGGGGUAAUUGUGGUGAUUAA